CAGUCUACUGCUUCUUACACCUGCUUCUCACACCUGCUUCUUACACCUGCUGCUGCUGCUGGGUUCUUCUUCUUCUUCUUCUUCGUGUGUUUAGGCAGUAUGGUUUUAAAUGGAUAUGCUCUUACACACAACAGCAUCCAGCGUCUCCCCGUCAGUCUCUCAUGCUGCGGCUGUGUCCUUCUCUAUUCUCUACACCACAGUGUAGCUCUUCUGCCUCAGACAAAGACGGCGAGGGGGGGGGGUUCGAACCCAUGCCAGUGAGACGGCUCACCCAUGUGAAGUGAUACCCGACUCACGUUCGCAGAGAUGGACGCGAAUAUGAAAUCCCUGCCUCUCCUGCUUGUGUGUUGGUGCUCCAGCCUGCCAGCGGGGGCCGUGUCUGUGGGAGUUCAAAUAAAUUCAUCUUUCUGCAUAACUGACUACUGGCUAACCAUUGCGUGUGACCUUAAAAUCGCUGGAGAAUCUGCAGGAUGGACACACGGCAGCUACCGGCUGGAAUUCUGCCCCAUCAGCCGUAAAACCUUAGGAAUUUUUUCCUGUCCCCUCGCAGUGCUGGAAGACGGCUACGGCUGUGCAGCUGCAGCAAACGGAUCCCUGCCCGAAGACACUUUCAAGAGUUUUGACACAAUCAUCAUCAGCCUUUGCCAGAACUCCAGCUGCCGCGUCAUGAUCAACGAGUUUAAGCCAGCUUCUAACAUUCAGCUAAAUCCCCCGGAAAACGUGACAUUGCAUCAGACGCCCGUAAACGUCAACAUUACCUGGAGCAGCGGAUAUGAACACCACCCCUAUCUUUCAGCGGGCGUUGAAUAUGAAGUCCAGCUUCAGAAAUCAAAUGGCGACAAUGAGGCUCAAACAUUCCCGAGGAGCACCAAUUUCAUGUCAACUAACAGAUCUCAAUUUGAAACAGAUUCUGAAUAUUGCAUAAAAGUGAAAUCUUAUCACAUCUAUGGAAAACAUUGGAGCAAGUGGAGUCAACUGAAAUGCUGGAAAACGGCAGAAGGCAAGAAUAAAAUCCUCACUCUGAUGGAGUCUGUCGGACCACUGGUUUUUGUGGUUGGGGUCCUGCUAUUUGCCAUCUACAGCCCAGGAACAAGGAUGAAGAUAAAGUCGCUCUUGCAUGUUCCGACCCCCGCCCCUUUCUUCCAGCCUCUGUUUCAGGAAUACAGAGGCAAUCUCCAGGAAUGGCUCUCAUCUCAAGGCCAUGUCAUAUCAACAUGCAGGAUGGAAGACUUCCUGAUAGCUGAUUCUGUCAUUAUUGCCUCAACGCCUAUCCUAAAGGACAGGGAAGCAUAUCAGAGCCUUCCAGAAAUGUCAACAACACUACCAGUGCUCAUUCAAGGACAGUCAUCUUAUGUUGGUUUGCCUGGGAUAGAUUUCCCCUCCAAUCAUACAAAAGGAAACUGUCCCGAAGACACAUCCUACACUCAGCUCCCCUGCUCGGCCAUGGAGUUUGGUUUUGAGGAUGUGGUUACUGCCUCUUCUUUGCCUACAGAUUUCUUGGACACCAGCCAUGCUGACUCGGGGUGCGGUUGUGAGGAGGUGACAGAAAACCCAGAAUUCAGUUUGCUGAGCGGUCCGCAGCAUCCCAGCCCACAAUGCUUCCAAGAUGACUACUGCAUCCUCAACAAAACAGCAGAAGGCCUCACUCCAGUUUUAGUGCCCAGGGGAGGUGACGUGAACGUUCAGCAGGAGACCUCGUGUAAGAAUGAGAGCUGAACAGCAGGAGAGACUUGGUCAAUGUUUUCUUGUGUAGUUGGUUCAUGGAAAACUGACUGAGACUCGUAGUACCGAUGAAGAAUUAGCAGUGGGCAAAAUGGACAAAUGAAUAAUGCUUGAACAAAUCAUUUUCCAGUUCAUUACGAAUCGAGUCUCAAAUGGUAUGUACAGGAUGUAACCAGUGAUGCACUGAACAGGACAUUGAAUGGUCCAUAUGAUGGUCCAUAUGCUAAGAAGAUAAUUCAAUUUGCACUGGGCAGAAGCAGAACACAGUAUAUUUUUAGUGAAUUGCAAAUAUGCUACUGGUGUUCUUUGUCGAAUUUUUAGCUGUCACAUUCAAUAUUCACAUCGGUCUAACAUUUGGUCAGCAAAAAUAUAUCUUAGUUGAUUCUGCUUGCCGUUGAAACAGUACGGGAAAGUUAUUUAGCCAGCAAAUAUAAAUGACAAAACCCUUUUAAAAAAACAUUUUUACAAAUUGUUCAGUGCUGCCAAUUCAUGGUUUGAUGAAUCACAAAGUGGUUGUAGUGCA